CUCAAUGAUUCUCCCGACAACAAACAAGAGAGAUUAUUGCAGUUUUGCUCUCUCGCGAGUCACAGGUGUGAGCUAUUUAGCCUACUUUAAAAUUUUGUUGAAGCCAUUUAUUAGGCAACACUAGGUUUGAAGGUACAAUGAUGGAUCAAUCCAAUUUUUCAGUGAGCCCACUCGAUUUCAACUUAUCUGAUGAAGAAUAUGAUGAUGAUGAUUAUGAGGAUACGCCGCUUGCAAAAUCUCUUAACAUCAUGUCACUCAUUGUCUACAGUCUGGCUUUUGUACUUGGAGUGGUGGGAAAUGGCAUUGUAAUUUGGGUAACUGGAUUCAAAAUGAAAAGGACAGUCAACACGGUGUGGUUUUUGAACCUUGCUGUGGCAGAUUUCCUCUUCACUGCCUUCCUCCCACUCAGCGUGGCUUAUACUGCUAUGGGCUUCCACUGGCCUUUUGGCCAGUUCAUGUGUAAAUUCAACAGCACUCUCAGUUUCCUCAACAUGUUUGCCAGUGUGUACAUCCUGGUCGUGAUCAGCGUUGACCGCUGUGUAUCUGUGGUACGUCCGAUCUGGGCACAGAAUCAUCGGAAUGUGAGACGUGCUUCUGCGGUGAGCUUUGGAGUUUGGUUAUUCGCCCUGCUGUUGAGCUCACCCUACUUCGUCUUCAAGGACACUGCACCUGACCACGACAGCCCAGACAAAAUCAACUGCUUCAACAACUUUGCAUUUUCUGAUGACUAUGAGAAACCAGAGGUAGUGGCGCUCCGUACUCUACGGCAUAGAGCCAUGAUCAUAACCCGUUUCCUCAUAGGCUUUGUGCUGCCUUUUGUGAUCAUCAUUUCCUGCUAUGCGGUCAUCAUCCAUCGUCUCAGAAGAAACCGCUCAAUGUCUGGCCGAACUGGACGUCCCUUCAAGAUCAUUGCCGCUGUGAUCACUGCCUUCUUCCUGUGCUGGGCUCCGUACCAUAUCCUGGUGCUUAUUGAGAUGGUACACCACAUGAGAGAGAAAUUCAACCCCAGCCUGCAAUAUGUCGCCACUGUUGGGAUUCCCAUUGCGACCAGUUUGGCUUUCCUAAACAGCUGCCUGAACCCAUUGCUGUAUGUUUUCAUGGGACAAGACUUUAAAGACAAGGUGCGGAGGUCAAUCCUGAAGGUUCUGGAAACCGCUUUCACAGAGGAAAUUUCACGCACAAAUACCUGCACAAAUUCAAUGCCCACCAUUCGUACUAAAGAGAACGGGAGCAAGUCCUUCUCUGAUGCGGAAGUAUAACCAUGAAGCACUUUUUUCAAAAGGAGGACUUUACUGAGUGUCCCAUGUGGAUUUAGCGUCAUCAUAAAUUAAAGUGAGACACAUUAACCUGAAGAAACUGGACCAAAAGCUUUAAAUGAAUAAAACACUGCCUUAAUUGCUGUUAUGGGGAAAUAAUAAUUUAAUGCAGAAUUGUUAUUUACAUUUGUGUCUGUACCUAUACUUAACCAUAUUUUGGAGACAAAUUUGUACCCAGACGUGAGUUAAAUCUGACAGAAACUCCCAAAACCACCUUUUAAAUACAAUAGGUUUCCAGCGUGAAGUAUACCCAUGAAGUAUUUGACACACAUAAGUUGAACUUGGUUCUGUAUGCCAUAUAUGAGCAAUUUUAAAAGUUUUUUUUUUAAUGAAUUGUGCAUGUGAUGCAAGUAGACUUUUUUGUUAUUUCUUUACUGUAUUGUCUGCACAUAUUUUUUUUAUAAAUCUUUUAUUUUGUAUUAAAAAUGGUAUUAAGUUUAUUGGUGUAAACACUUUGACCUAGACUAUGUUUUGUAUCUUUAUUGCAGAUACAAUUGUAUGACUUAUAUUAGUUUAAAUGGAAGUUUAUUAGGCAAUAUGUGAUACAUUUUCCCCCUGCUAAUUUCAAACCACUAUGCAAAAACUGCUAGCUAAACAUUGGCUGACAUGGAUGUGCGCCUUAUGUAAAAAGUGUCACAGCCAUUCCUUUACAUAAUAAGAAUAUAACUAGAAUUUUCUUGACUAGGGCAUAAAAAAGAAAGACUGACAGAGGUGUCUCUGCCAGUGGUUUAAAUAAAGUGACCUCAAAAUGUGACCUCAUGCGCAUUCUCGUCUACUUGGGCUUACAUCCAUACGGCCAUUAGUAAGCAGCGCCAAUCGCUAGCAGUAGUGUUUUAAAUGGUCUUCAAAUGUGGACCAGCCUCCAGCACAAUCCAGAUAAGAUCCAAGAAAAUCCAAGAAAUUUCAGAACUUCCGCAAUGCUCCUUUAAAAGAUGUACAAAGAUGUUCUUUAAUCUGGUACAUUGAAGUAGUGUUUAUUGUUGUAAUUACUUGUAAGUAAACCGUUUUUCUAGUAUACGUGUGUCUAGUAGAUUCAUUUACACACAGAGACAUGUUUUUUUUUUGUUUUUCACGUUUAUGUUAUUUAAUUAGAUGGGCCUAUACAUUGUAGUAGCCUAGUGUUAUUAUUUGUUGUACUGUUAAGUAAGUUUGUUCUGGUUGACAAAUUUAAACACACACACACACAAGCCAAGAGAGAUAGAGAAAUUGUUCUCAUAUGGUAUGGCAUACAUUUUUACUUUCUAAUAGUUACAACUUACCCCAGCAUGUGUUACAACCUACCCUGGUACUGGGUAGGUGUAACAAAAAGGAAAACACAUCAACUCACAAGGUCUGUAAAAUUCUUGUAGAGGGUUGAAUUUGUUCCAUUUGUAGUAAAGUUUGAGAACUCAAGCUAAAAAAAAAUCAGCGAGUUACAGGUGCUGAAGCAAAAUGUGCUUAUUUUUUAUUGACAUGGAAGAUUAUAGCAAAAUAACUAUGAUCUAACAACAGUUGUUAGCUGAAUACAUUAAUGUAGCAAAGUAUGUUGUUGUGGAAAGAAAGAAGCAGGAACAGCCAAAUGUGUAACAGACUUUAAUAAUCAUAAAAUAAACAAAUACAAAACGAAAGAAGGCGGCAGUCCCUCACUGACGACGGAAGACUGCCACCACAAAUAAAAACAUAACAAAUAGUCCUCGUCCUUCACUAUCGUCGCUCCUUCGCUUACGCUUCUGAAGCUCCUUCGCGAGAGUUACGAGACCAGUGCUCAUCAGUAGUCAUGUCACCGGCCUCACGCCAUUAUCUCGACUGAGAUAACACUGAGACAAAUCAGACACAAUUAUUUGGUAUAUGUAUAGUGUACCAAGCAAUCUGUGGUCCCAUCCCCCAAUGAGGGCAAGAAUGUCUUAGAAACUAUCCUGUUACUAAGAACCAUGACUACGAUUAGAUACGUUGGUUUUAUUUCUAUUAAGAAUGUGGUCAGAGCCCCUGCCAUUAUAGAACAGACUUCCCUGCAUUCAUUUAUCGGCGAACUGAUCUAUAAAUGAACACACAUCCCAGAACAUUUUGUGAAUGAUUUACACUUGUGUACUGAGGGCAUCUUGUGUGUCUUGUGUAAUGUCUUUUAAUUCUAUUAUUUAGUUGAUGCUUUAUAUUUUACAAUAGAAUCAAUAGUCACCUAUACCAUGUUUGGUCUCUAUAAAUUGGUACUUUUAAGAUCGAAAUGAUCGUGUAUAUGAUAUCUUGAUAGCUACGCAACAUUUGUAUUACAAGAAUCUUUCAUAGUUUCUUUUCUUAAUCACCCAAUGAAAUUACACAUUCAAAUGCCCUGCUAGAAAACAAUGGGUCGUAAAAACUCCCUACAAAAGGGACAACUUAGUAUUGGCUCACACACCUCCAGAGGGUGUGACAUCUUCACGCUUAAAAAAAAUCACUGACCACAGCUGUGACCACAGCCUGCUAUGCUUUCACUCUCCCAACAGUGUCAGACUUUAUUUUCUUCAAUCUAACUCACUGAUCAUCACUGAAUGGGCAACCAACUCUUCCGACUUCCUCACUGCUUGGUUGCCUAUGUGGACUCUCUGGCCCAGGGCCGGCAUCACAAUCAGCAUGUGAUCAGCCGUGUGCUCAUGGAGAGAGAGAAAACCUUCAUUCAGAACUGAACCGAGUUCCCGUAGUUCCAUUUCCCGCUUCCGAUUCCAUUCUGUCACUCACUCACCCUUUUACCCAUGCAUAAAUGUAUGUGUUUAUAUUAUUUAUGUUUGUGAUUUACUUAAUAAAACUUGUGCACAAAU